CUGACACUUCCGGCCAGCUGAGUGCAAUGCUAAUGUGCUGCUAACAGUACAAUGCUAACAGCCCCGACGCUGUGGAUACCUUUUCUGCGCCGCAGCCAGUGAGUGCUGAUGACUGUGAUGUAGCUAUGUGUGUUUCCUGGCGGAUUUUGACUCUAAUCUCUACCUGGUGACAGGACCGUGAUUGUUCAUUUCUGUCACCACCUGCACACCCUUUAAUACGGUUAGCCAUGCCAGAUUUAUCUGAAUAACAAGUAGCAUUGGGGGGUUUGGGGGGAACUUGAGUGAUUAUACCUUCCCAACAAAAGACUGCCAUGUUUCUGUUAGAAUGAGAAACUGAGCGAGGAAAAAGUGAAAAGCAAGUGAGACUGAAGGGGCCAAAGUGCUUGUGUUGGUGACGGAAAAGAAGAGCCAUCCUAGCAGUAGGUUGGCAUCAAUUAAAGCAGCAAGGCCCUGAGGAUGACUAGCCUGUUCAAGCGCAGCAGCAGCAAUGGGGGCAGCGGGAGUGGCGGAGGUGGCAGCGGCCAGGGGCAGCUCAACAACAGCCGGUCCAACCGGCAGGUCCGUCGCCUGGAGUUCAACCAGGCCAUGGAGGACUUCAAGAUCAUGUUCCCCUCUAUGGACUAUGAGGUGAUCGAGUGCGUGCUGCGCUCCAACAACGGAGCAGUGGACGCCACCAUCGACCAGCUGCUCCAGAUGAGCAUUGACGGACAGGGCUCAGAUGACAGCUCAGACUCUGAUGACAGCAUCCCCCCAGAGAUUCUUGAGCGAACCCUGGAGCCUGACAGUUCAGAUGAGGAACCUCCUCCAGUCUACUCUCCACCAACAUAUGAUAUGCACAUUUAUGACAGGAAAUACCCCGAAGCUCCACCAACACCCCCGCCGAGAUUUGAAGCAGAGCCACCUCCGGGUCACCAGCAGGUCAGAAGCUACCGGAACUGGAACCCCCCUUUGCUCGGAAAUCUCCCCGAUGACUUUCUGCGGAUCCUACCGCAACAGUUGGACAGUAUCAAGAGCUCUCAGAGCAGUCUAUGCCAGCCUUCAUCAUCCUCAGCUUCUUCCCUAAGCCAAUGGACAGCCCAGUCUGCUUCUCGGCCCGGAGGUGCAGGGACCCCUGGAGGUUCAGGUUUGACGACAGGAGCCUCGGAGCAAGACAAGAAACUCAAGCAGUAUCUGGAGGACGAGCGCAUCGCCUUGUUCCUGCAGAACGAGGAGUUUAUGAAAGAGCUGCAGCGCAACCGCGAGUUCCUCAUGGCCUUAGAGAGAGAUCGCUUGAAGUAUGAAUCAAAGAAAUCAAAGUCUCAUCAUUCAUCUAGUAUGGAGAGUUGCACAGGAGAACAGUACUCUGCAGCUUCAAUGGACACCGUCUCAGAUGACGCCAUGUUCAGAGACAAACUCAAUCACAUGGGCAAAUCAACAAGAAAGAAGCUGUUUGAAAUUGCCAGAACGUUCUCAGAAAAGACAAAGCGGAGAAAGUCCAAAAGGAAGAUGCUCCUGAAGCACCACUCAUUGGGAACAGCCAACUCUACGGCAAAUCUCCUGGACGAUGUGGAGGCAAACCCCUGUGAGGAAGAUGGUCAGCCCAGAAGAACUAAUACUCAGGAACAGAAUGAGCAGCGCCAUGAGCCAGUAGUAUGAUCCUCCUGUGCUGCACCAUAUCAGGGUUACCAUGGCGACGGCAGCAUGACCCAUGGGAGCCGGCCUUGCAGCUCUUCCUGUCUCCCCCUGCUCCCCCACCCUAAUCCGAUACCAGACAAUGUAAGGCCCAGGGAGAAGGGGAACGACAUUAUAACACUUUGUUAACAUAUCAUUUCAAACGUAAAGGUAAAAGCAUUAGUCCUGACAGUAUUCACCGGCUUCCUUUAACCCAGUGACGGAACACUUCUACCAUAUGAACCUUUCUUACUCACACACUGUGUAUCUGACUGCGAACCACAGGCAUUUCAAAUGCUUUCUAUACACUAAACCAUGUAGAGCUUUUUUACCAUGUGUUCUUAAUCGAUGUUUUUCCAUGUCCGGGGUUACGUAAGUGACAGAAUAUUGCGGCCAUUAAAGUUGUGGCUGCCCAGAUGUCAACACUUUGUAUCAAACUGAUUACAUUUAAAGGAUCGUUUUUCGGACAGCGACGGAGCAGCUUAUUGGUUUGCUCUGUUUGCAAGGUGAAAACUAUGUCAUUCAUACUGUAGCAUAGAACACUACAACAACACCAGGAUGACAGAUAAUGAGCAGAAAGACAUGACAACCUCUCUACUAUGUUUCAAUAGAAUAGAGUAUAGCAGGGAUGACCUCUAAACCCUCUAUACCAGACUAGUGGUAAAUACAAGCUUACGAGAUUUUUGCGCUUUGUCCUAUGACAUAUAAUACGUCAGUAAAUACCCAACUGGUAAACGUCUGAAGCUUUAAUGUGUCUUAAAAGGAGAAGCUAAAUAAGACUACUAAACGUCAACACUUCAAGGACGAGUUCGCCUUAGGCUAAGCGGUGUGGACAAAAGUUGUGUUACGGUGAAGUAGUAUGAUUAUAGCAUUAAGUUAGCUACUUCUGCCGUUAGCAUUAUACUUCAACUUUUAUAAAAAUAGUCUCAAUAUGUGGAGAUUAUCAUUCCAAACAAAAUGUGUAAACUUCAUAAAAUGUGUUUGCCACAGAUCUAAGAUUCCAAAAUCCAAUGGAAAAACCCCAUUGCUUAUCUUUUAGGUAGCCCUCACUUCAGGAUUAGCUUAGAAAAACACUCAAUCCCUUCACCACUGUAUUACUUUAUACAAAUAGGUUAUAACUCAGGUCACAGUCUAAAGGCAAACUUGUUAGGCAUCACAAUGUGAAGAGAGAAGAUGAAAUAGUGCUGUGUGGUUGGAGGAGGGUCAAUUUGUGUGAAGUACACUGAGGCCUUCAGGGUAUGAUAUAAGCAUAUGGUGAAUAUACCAUGGUAAAACACAUGCUGCUUCCCCACACAGCCAUAACAUUAAGAUGAUUAAGAUGAAAAGGAGCAUGAUGUGGAAUUUGUUCGGUUAGCAGCGUACAAUUUUUACAUUUUGAUGGCCCCCAUUUGUAAUUUGAGAAAAGCAGCGGUGGCCUAGAGAGGGAUGGACAAAUACAGUAAAAUAGUCCCGCCUUUGGAUGUGUUCUCAUGGUGGAAAGCCAGUGAGGGCUCUCGGCUUUGUUGCUGCGCUAGUGCAGGUGGCAGGUUUAAAGAAACAGCACCCCCCUCCUCCAGGACAUCAUUACUGUCAACAUUGGCAAGGUUAAAUUAUUCCAGGUAUCAACAUCUACCUCCUCCUACCCACAGACCUUUGCAUUUCAAGGUCAUGGGGGUUCAGCUUUUAGACCUUCUUCUGGGACAUCAUUGUACUUUACCUUGGGGAAUGGCAUUGUUCUCACCUGGCCUUUUGAAGCAAACUAAGAGUCUGAAUCCACUGCUCUGCUCUCCAUUCAUUGCUCCGCUGUAUUCUGCCAGGUUUCCUGAACUCCUAAGAUGUUAUGAAGAUAAGAAAUAUCUUCCAGACUUUUUUGCCAUAUUCUUUAAUGUCCCCUGAGUCUUUGAGCAAAUCAUGUGUUUGUUGAUCUCAUCUUUGCGAGCUCAGAGGAACACGAGUGAUAGAAAUGUCUCUUGGAGGAUAAAGUAUCUGAAAGGUGAUUGGAGGAUCAUCCUGUGAACACUCAUUCUGAUACGAUGUGGACAAGAGUAAAGACAGAACAAAAGAAAAACACAAAAUGACUUGAUAUGUAACGGUAGAUGUGAAACUAGCAUGGGUAAAGGUGUAAGAGGUGUGAUGUAGCCUGUGUGAACAGUCAGAGUUGGAGAACGAGUAAAAUUCUCCCUUUGUGCAUAAAAUGUUUUGUUUCCACCUCAGAAAAUCUCCACAAAUUAACCUUUUUGGAAAAGUUUUCACAGUUUUGUGUGUGUUAUCUAUCUCCUUUUGAUUAAACUACUUACAUGUGUUAUUUGAUUAUUUAGGGAUGAGCGAAGUUUGAUGUCUGAAAGUGAUUUAUAGUAAGUAAUUGGACCAUUCCAGUGUUAAUGCAUGUUUUAGACUAUUUAAUAUAAGUCAUGUACACACAACUUUACUUGUAAAGCUAAUUUCUCACUAUUUUUAUAAAAAAAAUAUAUCAUGUGACUGGAGGGAGACAACUGUUGUGAGAAACCCACAGAGAGAUCUCGCUAACUCUCAAUGGGCAUUUCAGUAUUUUUCAAAGUAGCAGCAGAUUUUUCUCAAUGAAACGCCCUGAUGAGAAACCUGCUGUUUAACUCUUAAUGAAAGCUAAUGUAGCUCUGUGUCCUGGAACGUGUUUAUCACUAUUGUGAGAAUAUAUUUUGUCAAUGUUGUGUUUACAGUACUGCUGCCACCAGGCUGAAACAUGCAGAAACACGAGGAGUAGUCAUGUAUUAUAUACUGUGUGUGUAGGGGGCAGCAGUGCUUCAUCACAAUAAACUGUGUCUCAUUUCUCAUUCA